GCGCCAAUUGACAACAACUUGAUCAUCCGCCGCAGCUGUGGCGGCCGCAGUGGGAGUCAAUCAUAGCAUCAAUCCCAGCAUUGCCAGCAGCAAUAUCAGCCAUAUCAGCAAUGGCAAUGCCUUUGCUAGCAACCAUGAGCAGCACAGCAGUGUUGCUGUCAUGCAUGCGGCAUACGGCAAUACCAACAGCAACAACAACAGCAACAGCAACAACAACAGCAGUAGCAGUGUCAGCAGCAGCAACAACAAUAUUUGCAAUCAACAAAUCAACUAUAGUAACAACAAUAUCAACAAUAUGAGCGCGAGCGGCUUCUUCGGCAGCGGCGUUGCCAGCAACAACAAUGGCGAUUAUAUGGCCGAUGCCGCAACCAUGAUGAUGGCCGCGGCUGCUGUCAAUGCAAAUCAUCAGCGCAUGUUGCUGGCCAGCAGUGGCGGUGGCGGUGGCGGAGGUGGUGCUGAUGCUGACAGCGAUGAGCAACUAACUGUUAAUGCCACCGAAUCAGCUGCGGUCACGGUCAGCACAGCCUCCUCAGCGGGCUCAUUGUCAUCGGCCUCAUCGACACACUCCCAGCAAUCGACGACACCGACUACAGCAGCGGCCAGCAGCAUAGCCCAGCCGCCAAAUUUAAUCGAUAUCAGCGAAGUUCCUCUCAUUGUGGAUGUCAAGUAGUGUAAUUAUUUAUGCAUAUUCAAAAAAUAUGUUCAAAGAAAAAUGUAAAAAAAAAAAGAAUAUUGAAAGUUGAGGAAAUCAAGAAGUAGAGUUAGAUGUACACGCUUAGUCUAAUUGUUUAAACUUCCUUUAGUUGUUGUAUUUUGUACAUAAAUCAAAUUUCCUUUCUAUAGGUCGCAAACGCUGUCUGCAGUUUAAAGACAGACCGACAGACAGACAGAUCCUUCUGGCCAAGUAUUUCACGUAAGACGUGAAAUGUUUGGCUCGCUAUUGGGGUGGCCAUUUAUUCAAUAUGUGUAUGUAUAAUAUUUAAAAGGCACUGAGUUCUACUUAAUUUUUAACGGCAACGUAAAACAAUAAACAUUGAUGAAUAUCUCGAGCCCCAUGUUUUCAAUAAACUAAAAAAAAAAGUAAAAGUAAAACCAAUAAAAAGACAAUGUACAUGUAUGUUAGACGAAAUACUAUUUAUGUAUGUUUUGUAGCAUAUCUAAACCUAUAUAUAUAUACUAUAUAUACAUUUAAUAAUACAAAUAAGACGUACUCUACUCCCAGUGGUUUGCAGAAUUAUACCAAAAAUAUAUUUUACUUUAUGUUUCUCACUACUUACAACAUUUUCGUGUGGCAAUUAUUUGUGUGCUUUAGCAAUUUUAUUUUACUUUAAGUAAAAUGUGAAAUCAAAUUUUCAAACAUAUUCGUAACCAUAUCUCAAAGAUAUGCCAAAUUCUUCAAUUAAUUUUAUGCAAAAUUUAGCAAAUUCUUUUAUUUUGUAAUCCAAAAGCGGCAAUACAACUAAAAAUUUA